AUGACGAUGAUGGCAAGAUCUCGAGGAUUGGACCAUCAACAGCAUAUUGGGCGUAGAAGGACCACCGGCUGGCCCACCCAGCUGAAUGUGGUUUUGCUGUUCGUGGUAGGGCCACCAUGGGAUGCGGGGCCUCUGAUGAGCGCUGCACCCCCCUGCAAGGGG